GCCAGGGAAAUUGCACUGUGUUGACGACACAACCAAGCAUUGGCGCCGUUAUAUGCGGCGAUAAGUCCUAUGCUUUCCGCUUUAGGAAGUCAAGCUCCGCCCUGAACGCGCACUCUGCGCGCCUUCCCCUUUGGGCUCCUUGGGGGGGAGGUGCCGGGGGCCCCUAUAAAUUUUCUACUCAACAUUGGCCUUCCAACACCGUCAACAACCUGCUGUUUGAAGCUUGCACGGUGAACUGAAGAGAGAGGAAAGGAUGUCUGCUGCGCUGGUGAACCGUUCACUAUCUACUUUAAAGACCGAAUUGGAGUUCUUGCGUGACUCCGAUGUCAUUUCACAGGAUUUCUAUGAUAAAGUGGUUUCCAAGCUCCCUGACCGUUAUAAGGCUGGUGCCAGCCCUAUAACGUUUGAAGAGCCGGAGCUGAUUGAAGUCACCACGAUGAGUAGCGUGACAACCACGGCGACGAAUCCAAGUGGUGUUAGCGGUGAGAAGCCUCCGCUUCCACAGGAGGAGCCGUUGAAGAAGGCUUCAACUGGUGGUGACGUGGAGAUUGUCGAGGCGAUGUAUGAUUACAGCCCACAACAGCCGGAGGAUUUGCAACUUCACGUUGGUGAUAAAGUGAGGGUGCUGGAGCACACGUCUGCGGACUGGUGGAAAGGUGCUGUGAAUGGCCGUGAAGGUAUGUUCCCUUCGAAUUAUGUCAAGAAAGUGGAGGCUGGGUCGAGAGCACCUCCUGCGCCUUCGUACGAACAGUCACAACAGUCACAAUACAACCAACAGCAGUUCAACCAGCCACAGCCAUACAAUACACAAUACGCACAGCCACAGCCAUACAACCAAUUUGCUCCUCAGCAACAGUACUAUAACCAGGUACAACCGUAUCAGCAACAGAUGGCCCCACAACAGCCACAACAAGUUGUUGUACAAGGACAACAGCAACAGCAGUCCACAGGGGCAAGUGGACAUAUGAAGAAGUUUGGCUCUAAGCUGGGUAACGCUGCGAUCUUUGGUGCAGGUGCUACUAUUGGCUCAGAGAUUGUCCAUUCAAUCUUCUAA